CUAAACAAAUAUAAUGCAUUUUUGUUUAGGCCUGGAAUAAAUGGUUGGGUUCACCAGUUACUUCCCAAAUGGCACUAUUCCAUCCAUCCAUCCAUCCAUC